AUUCCAAGUAUUCUGCUUGUCACUGUUUGCGGUGCAACCCACCCGCCCCGGUUUUUCCUGAAUCAGUCACAACAGGCUGUAUUUGUAGCAGGAUUGUGACUGCCACAGAGAGAGAAGAUGCCUGUAAAGCUUGUGUAUGGGGGUAAACUGACUGAGUCAGACCCCAAGGAUUUCCCCGUGGUCAUUGUAGGUCAGCUGCCUCAUCUUACCAGUAUCACUUUUGAUGACAUCAAAGUUAAGCUGGAACCUAGAGUCAACAAAGAAACAUUUAGUCUAGCUGUGAGUAGCCUGCGACCAUCACCAACUGACACAUGUCCACUCUGGCUUAGGAAUGCUACCAUAGCUGCCCUGCCCCUGAAGAGUAGUCGGCACAAUACCCCGUCUCGUGCCCAUUCUUUAUCUAAACUUGUAAAAGGCUGUCUUUCUGGCCAGGAUGAAUUUGUUGUGAUUGUGUGUGAGAGAAAGGAUGUGUAUGCCUUAGGAUGUGCUGUAGCCAGAAUUCUACCACUGUACUCGGGGAAGUCUGGACAGAACUCUGUAGAUUACACCCUGACAGUGGACUUUCUGUUGGUGGGGGCGGACAAGGAUAAGCCUCUUUCUAAGGAUGAUCUUCACUGUUUGUCUGCCUCAGCCCAUGGCAUCAGACUUGCUGCAGAAAUUGUGGAUAAGCCAUGUUCUCAUAUGAACACAGAUGACUUUGUGAAGGAGGCAGAGACUGUUGCUAGGGAGCUUCAGAUCACCCCCUAUAUUGUACGGGGGGAGGAGCUAAAGGAAAAAGGAUUUGGAGGUAUUUAUAAUGUUGGAAGGGCUGCAGAACACCCACCAGCUCUAGUGGUUCUGAGCCACAGGCCAGAGGGAGCCACCAAAAAUAUCGCUUGGGUUGGUAAGGGGAUUGUUUUUGAUACUGGUGGACUCUGCAUUAAAGCUAGGCAAGGUAUGUGUGGAAUGAAGCGUGACUGUGGAGGAGCGGCCGGUAUACUGGGAGCUUUCUAUGGUGCUGUCAAACUGGGUUUUAGUGAGAAUUUACAUGCUGUGUUCUGUGUGGCUGAGAAUGCUGUAGGACCACUGGCCACUCGGACUGAUGAUGUCUACACACACUACUCAGGAAGAACUGUGGAAGUAAAUAACACAGAUGCAGAAGGAAGACUUGUUCUGGCUGAUGGGGUUGCUUAUGCUAGGAAAGAUUUGAAAGCUGAUGUUGUUGUUGACAUGGCAACUUUAACUGGUGCCCAAGGAAUUGCUACUGGUAAAUACCAUGGCAGUAUUGUCACCAAUGAUGAAAACAUGGAGCUGUGGUGUGUGAAGGCAGGACAAAAUUCAGCAGAUCUUGUACAUGCCAUGCCGUACUCCCCCGAGCUUCAUUUCCCAGAAUUCAGUAGUGCAAUAGCAGAUGCCAAAAACUCAGUGGCAGACAGGAGCAAUGCCCAGGUAUCCUGUGCUGGCCUCUACAUAGCAUCUAACCUUGGUUUUGACUAUCCCGGAAUAUGGCUCCAUAUUGAUAUGGCUGCCCCUGUUCACAAUGGAGAAAGAGCUACAGGCUAUGGUGUGGCAUUGCUGACCAGCUUGUUUGGUCAGAUGUCCAAUAAUUCCCUUCUGAAUUACAUAGCGCCCCCUAUGUCUAUACAGGAAACCAUGGAGGUAGAGAGUGAAGAUUCCUCUAAGAAGAUUCGUCGCUACUGACCUUUGACUGAUUUGUUGCAUUAAACAGUGAUGUUGUGCAGAUUAUAGUUUGUUUUGUAUUUUUGACACCUUGUACAUGUAGGUAAUAUUAGCUUUUUAAUGAAAGCAGUCAUAAGCUUAAGUAUAUCUAAGUUUUGCUUGAUUAUUUAGGUUUUUUUUUUUUUUGGUUGAACAUUUAAGUUUCUAUUUAUUAAUUAGUUUUAUAUAUAUAAAUUUACACAAAUUACCAUUCUUACAUAGCAUUUUAUGACAUCAUUAAUUUGUUUUUGAUUUUCCCUCAGGUAGUAAAAUUAAGAAUUACAUCCCAAUCCAAAACAGAUCCUAACACAAGUUAACUGCAUUAAAGUUCUUACACUCAGAACUUACAAGAACUACAAGACAUAAAUGCCAAAUUAGUCACAAAAAUAGUGUUUCCUUAAAAGUUUAUUUUGGUACGUUGAUAAGUACUCAAAAGUUCCAAACAUAUAUGAGUGUGGGAAUUUUGUCUCAAGAGUGCAAUAAAUGUAAAUCAUCAUAUGUCUAAAUAAAUACCCUUUGAUGAAAGUGGAGAUGUACUAAAAGUUUUGAGAUUUACAGAAAGGUAACUUUUAUAACAUAAAAUAUACAUUUAUAAUGUGAUUUUAAAAAAAAAAUGACAUCCAGGUGACUGUUUAGGUUCAUGGGCCUCUAAGAUUAUUUAAAUCAUGAUUUAUAGUCUUAUGAAAAUUAAAAGACAGCAUAUCUUGUCUUUAAGAAAAAUAUUUUGUUUUACUUUCUGUAAAAUCACAUAUUUUCUUGGGGUCAAAUUUUUGUGGUUAUACACUAGACAAAAUUGCUAACGCAACACUUAUUAUUCUUAUUUGUGAAUUGGUCAUUUUUCUGAUUGGUACUAGUAUAUAAAAUAUGCCAUCUUUUCCAAAACAGUUGGAUUGACAAAUGUCUUGGUGUCAUGUCAAGACCCUUAAAGGACCUUGUCCGAAAUCCAAUGUCCCAACGUGCACUGCGCACCGUUUUUGCCAAGAUAUGAAGUUGGUGAUUGCCGAAGGUGGUCCGUGAGGUUGCGACGGGAGCAGUCUCCUACUUAAAAAUCAAAUGCUAUACCCUGAUUGACUACCAUAUUGCUUAAUAGUCACCCAGUGCCUUGGUGUCCCUACCAAAUCCACCCAACUUCCGGUUGCCCCAGUUUUGUGGAACAAUCUUGAAGUUAUUGUGUGGUGCUUACUUAAUGCCGUCGAUAUCUAUUGUAAAUAUUUUUAUGAUCGUUAAUUCAUUUUCAACAAUUUUUCACCAGAGAAAUGCAUAAUCUUUGAAUUGUUUUAAUUUUUCACAAAUUUCUUCAAAGGAACCCCCUGUAGAUACCAUACUGGCUGCCUUAGCGGUCUCUUCUAGAGUCAAACGCUGCAUACGGUGUAACUUUUUUUCUGAGUUUUUAAUUAGUACAAACAUAAAGAACACAACCACAAAGAAAAAAUUAGAAAUUUAUUCCACCAAAAAAGUAUGGAUAUGAUUUUAAUUUUUUCAAUGAAGUGGUUACGCUUCAGUAAACAUUGCUAUUAUUUAUCAGUUAAAACAUUUAAAUGACCCAUUUUUUAAUGAAGUAACAUAAUUAUAUAUCAAACACAUCAUAAACAAGUUUUGAAAAGAAAAAUGUUAAUCUAUUUAGGUGGUGCGUUAGCAAUUUUGUCUAGUGUAUGGGAAUCAAUAUAAUUUUUUUUUUUUGAGAGACGCUCAUUUAUAUUUAUAUGUGAUCAUGUGAUAUUUCAUGUUCAAGUGCUGAAUGCUAAUGUUUGAUUGUAUUGUUAUUUAGUUAACAUGCGUUGAUACAGGGAGUAGAAAUAAAACACCAAAUAAAAGACUAAUUAUAAAUAAUAGACAA